CUCCCUCAACUUGCAGCCAAGCCAAGCCAGCUACCUCGGCGCUCUCCUGUCCGGCUGUCCCUGCCUCCUUUGCCGGGAUUACGGGAUUUAAGACAGCGCUGUGGCACUUUCAGGACGCGACAUCAGAAGUGAUGGCCUCAGUUGCGCAGCUGUGCCGGUAAUCCUGCUGCUGCACGUAGGGAAGAAGCAGAGGCGCCUUGACAACCGACCUACCUUCCUCUCUCACAGAAAAAAAAAAGAAAGGGGAAAAAAAUAUAAUCACACCAGCAUAAACAAAUGCGACCAUGUACAGCGUGGAGGACCUCCUCAUCUCUCAUGGAUACAAGCUGCCCAAGCAUAACACCUCCUCCUCAACCCCUACCCCAACCCCUGUGUCCUCGUCCCGCCAGGCUCCCUCGUCCUCACCGCCGUCCUACAGCAAACACCAUGAAAUCCUGGAGAACAGGCCCGGCCCCAGGACUGUGAACGGCUUUGAAAGAGGGCCCGGGGCGCCCUAUGGGAACGGUGGUGGAGCCAGGCAGCCCCAAGCGUACGUCAGCGGCUGUACCAACAACAAUAACGAACCCAGGGACAGGAGCCAGCCCAGGCGGGAGGGUGAGAACCGGAGCCAGAUUGACACCCACUCCCUGGGAGAGUCACUGACCUCAGACAGUGGGUUCUGUGAUGGCACCAGAGGUCCACAGUCGCAGUCAAAGGAUGUGUCCUACUGGAGGAGAAGAGGCCAGGACUUUACUGUGCUGCUGGAUUAUGCUGACUUCAGAGAGCCGCAUGGAGGAGGACCGGGGGGUUACGGCAGGCCGGAGGGGCCUCAGCAAGCAAGAGGCCAGGAGAUGUCUGCAGAGGAGCGUCAGAGGGCUGCUCAGGAGAGGCAGCGCUGGGCAGCCCAGACCCAGGCUCAGGCUCAAGCCCAGGCCCAGGCCCAGGCUCAAGCCCGCUCUAGAGAGAGGGAGGCUGCUCUCCAUCAGUGGAAGAUGGCAACUGAGAGGAAAUGCCAGAGCUUGGGGACAGAUGAGUGGCGUCCAGCUGUAAGCUUUGGCCGCCAGCUGUCACAAAGUGAGGGUGAGCGUUGGUCACAGGAGCAGCAGCGGCUCCAUGCCAGGACACCAGAGGGCAUGGUAGUCCACCCCAGGACCAAAGCCAAAUCCCAGUCCCUGCCCAGGAUGUUGCAACCUGAGAGCCUGCAGUAUGUGGACAUAGCCUCAUCCGGUCAGGAACUGUACAGGCGGAUCAAUGGCCACCCACUGUCACACCACAACCUUUACAGGGCCCCCCGCUGGCCGGAGAAUGGCAGGCCAGCUAGUGCCAACCAACUCUCAAUGACACCAAAGCCCCGCUUCACACGACCCCCCAGACCUCCCUCCUAUGAGAUGCACCAGCAGAUCAGGGGAAGCUGUGAGGUGUUGUCUGGGAGAGACUCAGCCAUUCCCCAGGCCAGGGACAGAACCCCGAUUCCCAUAUCAAAGACAGGUGACCCCCAACUGGACUAUUUUGCACCAGACUCUGGACCUCCAGGAUACAUCCCUCCCCCGUCAUAUAAAAGAGCCCCUAUAAUGGCAGGGGGACGCCGGGGGUAUGGUGAAAUUGCUGUUGACUACAGGUACAGAGGGGAUGUGUACCAGCACAUACAAGUGGCUGCAGAUGGAUCUCACUGGUUCGCCAGACAUCCAGCAGGUUCCUGGCCUGAUCCCCAGAGAGAGAGGAGCUUGUCCAGCCAGAAGCAGCUUUACCCUGUGUAUACUACCCAGGAGCACCCUGGAGGGGGGGUCCAGUAUAUCCCCUUUGAUGACCCACGUAUCCGCCACAUUUCCUCAGCCCUGGGUGGCAACUCCCUGACGGACGCGGACAAGAUCCGCCACAUUCGCAACGAGCUUCCCAGCGUCACCGUGUCGGAGCCUGCGUCCGACAACAGUGCCUUUUUGCCCCCACCACUGGGGCCUUUCAUCGCUGCCAAACUGGCCGAUGAUGCUAACCAGACAUCUUCUAGCGACUUUGACAAUGACGAUAACAGGUGGCACAGCGAUUUGCACAAAGAGACUGUCGAUAACUUCCCAGCAACUGACCAAAACUGCAACAACAGAUAUCCCAAAAACCAACGUCCUCCUCCAUCUCCCUCUUCAGCCUUCCAGGCUCCAUUAGCAAGAACUUCCUCUCGCCAGGGGUCCGGCUCAGACCAGGUCUUUGCAGAAACCAUCACCCAAGUGAAGAAAAUUGCCCCGGAUUCAGGGCCAGAGAACAACAGGAACACCAAGAGAAGAGUGAGUGAGACCAUCUUCUGCCUUGUGUCUGUACCCGUUCACACGCCGACCAACAUUAAUAAAGACUUGGCAGCAGAUCAGAACAACAAUGAGACAAUACCAAGCCUGACUGUCACUAACAUGGAAACCUUUGCUGUAGGCCUCAAAGAGAGUCCAAGUGUUCGGAGCAAGUCUGUGAAUGAGAUGCCUAUCAAACCCCACUACUCUCACUUUCACACCAGCAGCACAUCCUCAAUGAGGAAUUACAAGAGGGCUCCUUUAAGGAAGGAGAUAAUAGAUGCCUGGGCCCUCCAAGCCAGCGAAGACAAGGAGUUGUGCUAUGCUGGGUCCUGGCCUGGAAACCAGUACCGUAACCAGGAAACCCAGACUGGCUCACCUUUGACGGUGGUAAAAAGUCCAGAACCCCAGAGUCCUCCUGGGGGACAGGAGCCUGUUCAGUCUGCCUCAGACACAACUACAGACAGUGGUUUGGGGACAGACAAUAGUUCCUCUUAUGGUUACCCCAUGGCAGGCCAGAAAAACCUUCAUCCCUCCAGCAACAGCGCCUUCUCCCGUCUCAGCCUCAGCCCAACACAACCGCCGUCACUGCUACCCUCACCGCAAGACCCAUCCUCCCCAUUCAAGGCCCAUGAUCAGGGAGACCAGCUGCCUUCCUCUCCCAGGAGGAGCAGCUCUAGUCCCCCAGAGAGUGCAGAGCAAGUGGUCUUUGGACAGUUUCUCUUAAAGCCAGUGAACCGACGACCAUGUGAUGCCAUAGGUGAACUGGAGAGCAUUAAUAAGGAGAUGGAAGACACGAUCAGCAAGAGACCCACUGUGGUUCAGUGCACUGAAUAUCUGGAUGGGGUGAAUAGGAGACUAGAUCGAUUUAAAUCAGGAGCACAUUUCACUGCUGGUCCAGAACCAGGCAGGGAAGCAAUCAGUCUUCCACCAAUGCACAUAGAAAAACCCACCAAUAUAAAAGUCAGAUCAAAGUCCUUGGCUUCUACUGCUGAUCUAGACUCCAUGGACAUGAGAAGUGCUUUCUCCAGGCCAGAGGCCAACAGCAUGCCACCCACAAAUGAGCUGUCUGUUCUCCCCAACCCAGGCCUCAGAGACAAUUGCCUCCUGUCCUCACUAUCCCCACACAAUGAGUCAAACCGGCUCUAUAGACAGGACAUCCCAGUCCCUCAAGAGUCCUUGCUGAAGGAUGUGGGGCUAACUGUAUACACAGAGACUCCUGGUGGUCCCGGGGAGCCAAUGCAGCGCUCGCUCUCAGUCCCAACUCCACUCAAUCAUAAGGAGCUUAUUCAGUCAGUGCAACUCUCGCGGGACAGCAGGACAACACUCGUUAAAAACAGCAGUUGUUUGGAGCACAAUUCAAAUAAAGAGCUUCAAGCUGAGGUGGAUACUGAGAGAGUUCCACCAUUCAGGGGCGAGGUGAAUUUAAGCAUCUGUAGAACCAGGAGUGAAAGCAGCAGAUCACCUCAGAAAGACGGUUCACCACAUAUCACAAAGCUGACCCGGGAGGUUUCCUUUGUGUUUGAGGAUGAUGAUGGCAACGAGAGAUACGCCAUCUCUGAGCCCCUGACCUAUAAGAAUGAGUCAACAAUAGCAGAUAAACAUCUGGAGAGCUUACUGAUACAGGAGAAGGCCAAUUCUUUACCUGCAGAGGACCUCAGCAACCUGUAUGAGGUCAAAUGCGCAAAAGGUAUUCCCGAAAACGAGUCCAUCGAGCAGAGGGCAGCACGGAUCCUGGGUAUAUCUGUUCCGGUGGAGGCCUUGGGUGUGGCUGACAAACAACCUGAGGACAACCAGGACGAAACAGACACCACUGUAGCUGAAAAACAACUAAGUCCAAGUGAAGAGACACCGCAGGUGAUAGGAGAGUGUGAGCAAGUCAAAGAGGAGUCCCUGAUUGUCCAGGGCGCAGAGACAGAGGAGGUGACGGAGACAGGAUCAGGUGUGGACCAAGAAGAAGGUGACAGACAAAAGCACAGCAGCUACCACAGUGAUAGUGAAGACAACCAGGAUACUGACACAGCCGUAGUACUGGACUUACCUGAGUUCCCACCCAGUAAGCUUCCCUUGUCCCUGCCCGUCAUUCCGGAUGAGAAGCUUGCACUGAGCAUGUGCAGUGGGGAGAAAAAGGGGCGAGGCGGGGCAUGCAAAUUAAUCGAAUCCCUGCAAGAUAAGCUAAACUCCUCCACUUCUUCAUCUGCUACAUCUCUUUGCAGAUUAUCCACAGACAGAAUGGCACGCCUGAAAGAGCUGGACUCAGUGUCUCGAAUAAGACGCCUCAGUCUUAAAAGUUCUGAGUCUGGAGAAGAGGUUGGUUCUGAGGAGAGAAAUGGAGACAGAGAGGAGAGUGAGGUUAAAGAAGAGGCAAAGGAGGAAGAUGAGGAGAAGCAAGAAGAAAAGGAUGACAAGAAACUGGAGGAAGAGGGAAGGGAGGAGGAGGAAAACCCAGAUACACAUGGGAAUGCACAUCAAACACAUGACAAGUUGGGAGAUCCUGAAGAAGACUGUAAACCUAAAGAAGAAGUGAAUGAUGGGAUAUGUCAGGAAGAGCAAAGCCAAGAGGAGGAGGCAGGAGAGAUUAACGCUGAGAUUGCACUGAAAGUAGACGAUGAAGGUGGCGGAGAAGCAGGUGUUGAAUUGAAAACAGGAGAAAGAGAAGGAGAGGUGGAGCUGAAAACUGUGGAGGAUGACAAAGAAAAGCCUUCGGAGGAGCUGAGAGAUGGACGGAUUGCAGAGGAGGUCAACAGAGCUGAAUCCACCCAAGACGCAGAGGGAGAAAAGCUGCCCAAACCAAAGCAGCGCACCAGGCUCCAGAAGCCUCCUCUGCUUCCUAAACCUCGCAGUGUUCCUAAGAGGGAGAUAACGCUGCCACUCAGCUUCAGCUCCGGGAUCUGUGGCCCCUCCAAUAUAGAGGAUGAGGAGAUGCUCUCGGUCUCAGACUCCUACGACCCCAGUCGGGUGGAGAGAGUGUAACCUCUGACACUGCCUUCACCACGGUGGAAAUCUAUCUUUUUCAAGUUAACAGCUUUUUCCAGCAACAAAGGCUUUCAUCUCACCUCCUGGCUUAGUCAGCCGUGACCCCUCCAAUAUUGUUACACAUUACUUCUCACAGAACUGACUGUCCUGGUGCUGCGAGAGCAUUUUUACAGCCAAAUAAAGGCACUGCUGGUGCCAAUUCUCCAGGCCUUUUCAACCUUGUCAUCCUCGUCUUUCCAUUCCCUCCACCUCUCGAAAAAGUUUAACUGGACUUCCUGUUUUUGAAGUUACUUUGCUUUUGGAAAAAUGCAUGUCAUUAUUCCCAGGCUGCACUUGGGCUCCUUUGCGAGCUCAGGUUGUUGAAAUAUGAAUGUAAAAGUGCUUCUGUUCAGCAAAAACAAAAGAAAUGUUACAGAAAAAAAAAAAAAAACAAAACAAGAAGGCAACAGUAUUGCAUUACAAUCAGUAUUAACCUACACCAAAUGUAAAUAAGAAAGAGUUAUAAGAUUUUAUUAAGAAUAUAAAAA